GACCCCGGUUUUGCCAGCCAAGCACUUAUCAACAAGAAGUUAAACGACUACCGGAAAGUGAGCCCCGCGGGCACCAAGCCCGAUUCCUCACCCAAGGGCCCUCGUGGGCUGGGGAUCCGAGCCGAGUUCCUGAAGCAGACGGGAACCAGCGCGCCCCGGUCCCCCAGGCAGGAUGCGGCCGUCACGAAAGACGAUAGCAGCUCCCAAAAAGCUCCGUGGGGCAUCAAUAUAAUGAAGAAGAACAAGAAAUCUGCCCCCAGGGCCUUUGGCGUGAGGCUGGAGGACUGCCAGCCUGCCCCGGACAACAAGAACGUCCCGCUGAUCGUCGAAGCUUGCUGCAAGGUGGUGGAAGACCGAGGGCUGGAGUACAUGGGCAUCUACCGAGUGCCCGGCAACAACGCGGUGGUGUCCAGCCUGCAGGAGCAGCUCAACAAGGGAGCCACCGAGAUCAACCUGCAGGACGAGCGGUGGCAGGACCUGAACGUCAUCAGCAGCCUCUUGAAAUCCUUCUUCCGAAAGCUGCCUGAGCCGCUCUUCACUGAUGAUAAGUACAAUGACUUUAUCGAGGCCAACCGGAUAGAGGAUAUCCGGGACCUGCCAGGUCACUAUUACGAGACACUCAAGUUCUUGGUGGGUCACCUGAAGACCAUCGCUGACCACUCGGAGAAGAACAAGAUGGAACCCCGAAACCUGGCGCUGGUGUUCGGCCCCACGCUGGUGCGGACAUCUGAGGACAACAUGACCGACAUGGUGACACACAUGCCCGACCGCUACAAAAUCGUGGAGACCCUCAUCCAGCACUCGGACUGGUUCUUCAGUGACAAGGAGGACAAGGGCGAGAAGACCCCCGUGGAUGAGAAGGAGGCUCAGUCCGUGCCCAACAUCGAGUACCUGCUCCCCAACAUUGGCAGGACCGCGGCGCCCGGCGAUGCCGCAG